AUGAAGGCUCCGACUCCCCAGAAAAUAAAAGAGACGCUCCAUAGGGUAAAGACGAAUAGGGAAACCUUGUUUGCUGUCCUCCUUGCAGGAACGAGAUGGUACACUGGAGGCCUCGCCUUGCCUCUAGGCUUCAUUAUUUGCCGACUCACCCUGGAACGAUUGAAGGACCGCAGCAUGCACAAGAACGUUGGCUCACUGGAAAAAGAAAACAAAAGACUCAAGAGCUUAUUGGACGAGAUGAAUGUCCAAGUUCUUGAGAGACACAGCUACAGUGGGUCUGAGGAAGACAUGAGCAAGAGAAUUGUCGAACUCCAAAAGGAAAGGGAUGAUUUGGAGGGACAAUUGAAGGCAGAGCGUCAGGGGAAGUCUACUUUGGAAAAUGGUCAAAGGGAAGCUAUGGCAAUUCGUGAUGCCGAAGCAAGACAGAAUCGAAUCUUAAAGAAAGAAAUUGAACGUCUCCAGAGCGAGACCCAAAAGACGAAGGACUUGAAAUCUGAAAUAAAGGACAAGACCAACGUCAUCGCCGAUAAGGAGCAGAUGAUUGCAGAUCUUGAACAAGACUCAUCGAUGAAGCAAAGUCGAAUCGAGGACUUGGAACAAGAGAAGAAUAAGCUGUUGAGUGUCAUUGACUCAGGAAGGGAGUCGAAAGCUGCUCUCAACGACACUUUGGAGAACGAACGAAAUACUGUUCGAUCCUUGGAAAAGGAACUCAAAGAAAUCAAGCAAGAAGUAGGCGAAAAGCGUCAACUGUAUGAGAUCAGUAUGAAGACGUUGUCAUCGGAGAAGGAAAAGAACAGUUCACUUGAUGCCAAGGUGAUGGAGCUGACGAUGCAGUUGGAGGCGGAACAAAAGACUGUCCAAGAGCAAGAAAGCACCAUCACGAUGAGAGAUUGCGCGAUUUCCAGCUUGAAGGAUUAUGAGUACAAGGCACUCAAGCUAGUCGAGGAACUCCGGUCAAAGGAGGAAGAAAUCCUUGAACUCAGGAAGAACGACGAAUCCAACAAGGCUGUGCUUGCUUCAACCAACAAGAAAUUGUCUGAGGUCGAGGAAGAAAACAAGCACACCGCUGAAUUCAAGCAGCAGGUUGCCUCUUUGACUCUUUCGUUGAAAGAGUGCGAGUCAAAGUUUGAAACGGUCACGGAAAUGUACGAUGCCACAAAGAUGGAACUCCAAACCGUCCGUGAUGCCAACGAAGCUCUUCAAAAAGACAAUAGCGACCUUAAGGCAUCCUACGAAUCUUCAAGUCACGCACAAAAUUUGCUUGAAAAAGAAAUGGAAGCCACCAAGUGCCUUCACAACGAGAUUAGUAUAUUGAACGGAUCUUUGAAGGCAGCAAAGGAAACCAAUACUCAGUUGCAACACACCUUGGACCAAAAGAUUACCAUUGUCCAAGCAAAGGAGAACAUGCUAGCCGAGUCUACAUCCAGGGCCGAGUCUUUGCAGAAACAAGUUGAAGAAAUGAAGAAAAAUAUGAAUGAAUUGAGCCUCGUGGCACAGGACGCAAGUAGCACUGAGAAACGUGCUACUGAAGCUGAGGAAGCGCUGUUGUGCGAACAAGCCAAGUCUUCAGACUUGGAGACAAAGGUUGAAGAGUUGACAGCUACCUUAGAUGAAAAGGUGCGAGCGGCAACUAGUUUCGAAAGGAGGUUGGGUAACAAACAAAGAAUCAUCGAAGACUGUGAGGACACCAUUGAAUCCUUGGAACGCUUCAAGCAAAAGGCUGAAGAAGAAAGCACAAGAGCACAAGAAAUAGAGAGCGAAGUAUCUCGUUUGAACAAUUACUUGGGUUCGAUGAAACUAAGUGUGGAUGAACUGGAAGAGAGGUUGGAUGAGAAAGAAAAGGAAAUUGCCGAGCUGAAAGAAAUCAAUUCUGCGUUGGUAUCAGGAAAGGAUGAGCUAAGUGCACAGCACACAGCGACAAAGACUGUAGAGAAACGGUUGCAAGAGCAGUUGGAGAAUAUGAAAAUGGAGAUGAACGCGGAAGUCGAAAAAUUCACGACGCUCAAGAUGGAGAAUGAGCGUCUCAAGGAAGCAGACCAACAAACAAAGAAGAUGGUGGAAAAUCUCAAGUAUUCUUUGGAAUCAAAGGAAUUAGCCAUUCAACGCAAGGAGGCAGACAUCCAUCGACUCCAGAAGACAAGCAAAGAAAAUGAACAACUUCAAGAGAAGGAAGAGGAGCUUUACAAGAAGAUCGAGAAGCUGACUGCAUCUUCCAACGAUAUCUCCAAAAAUCUGGAAUCAAACUUGGAGAAGACGAAAGCUUUGUUGAGGGAGGAACAAUGGAAGGUUGAAUCUUUGCGAGAGAUGCUCAACUCCAAAGGCAUUGACGCAACGGACGGUAUGGGUAAAACCAUGCCAAACGAGAUGAAGAGUAUAAAGUCCAAAUAUGAGGCUGAAAAGGCGAAGGUUGGCAAUCUUGAAACGACAAGAAGGUCUUCGCAAAAGAUGAUUCGUGAUUUGGAAUCUAUUCUUGAUAAGAAAGAAGCGCUUCUCGCCAAGAAGCAGGAAGAAAUUGCAGCGUUGAAGGAUACACUGGCGGAUGUGACCGAAUCACAGUCAGACCACAUUAGUGAGACGAAGAAGCGAGAGAUUUCCAGGAAGAUAAGUCACGCAGACACAUCUCAAAAGAUCAAAUUGAGCGACAUGUUGAUCGUGUCAAGCGCGUUCCACAACAGCACUCGGGUCACUUCCCCCAAAGGAAGACCGACACCGGAGACGAUGACGAAUCCAUGGGGAAAACACUACGCAGAAUCCGUUGAGCGUUAG